AUGCCUCGUCGAUUGUCCAACGCCCCUUUAAGCAGUUCACCUCCGACCCCUUGGCCGUCCUUUUCGCCGACUGAAAAGGGCGGCAGCCUUGUUAGCAAGACCUCUCAAAAAGCUAGCAAAAUUGCCCAUUUCUUCUCCACGUCGCCAAAGACAAAGGACGCACAAUCAGCCGCAGCUGCGCUGCUCGCGGCAAGCAAAGCUCAAGAGCAGGCCUUUUUGGCCUCGGGAACGCCAAUGCCUAGCGUGCCCUCACUGUCAUUACCGAGCAUCUCGUUGUCGACCGCGCGUGCCGACUCUGCAAAUAUGGAUGAACCUCCCACCACUCUUUUUCAGCCACCGUCGCCGGCAGAGACGAGAAAAUUGGCAAAACAACAUGCCCAGUUUGGCCCCUUAAAUUCACAGUCCCACCGAUACCCGAGCAGACACCAAGGUGGCGAGUUUCCUGAUCCUGUCAUGGACGAGCCACCCUACUACUAUCUUUUGACCACCUACAUUUCUUAUCUCAUCCUCAUCAUCUUUGGGCACGUCCGUGACUUCUUUGGCAUGAGGCUCAAAGAGGACAAUUACAGGCACCUCAAAGCACGCAACGGCUAUGCCGCGCUAAACAGUGAUUUUGACAAUUUUUACGUCCGUCGCCUGAAGAUGCGCAUCAACGAUUGUUUUAAUAGACCGACCACCGGCGUUCCAGGACGCUACAUUACUUUAUUGGAUCGCACCUCCGAGGACGGCAAUCUUCAUUUUAACUUGACGGGAACUACGACCGAGACUCUGAACAUGAGUUCCUACAACUAUCUGGGCUUCGCGCAAUCUGAAGGUCCUUGUGCGGAUUCCGUGGAGGAGGUGAUUCGAAAGUACGGACUGUCUACUAGCAGUGCCCGAAGUGAAGUCGGCACGUCCGAUCUCGCCGUGGAGUGCGAGCAACUCAUUGCCGAAUUCGUGGGCAAAGAAUCGGCCAUGGUUUUCUCCAUGGGCUUCGGCACAAACGCAUCCAUCUUCCCUGCACUCGUGGGAAAGGGCGAUCUGAUCAUUUCCGACGAACUCAACCAUGCUUCAAUUAGAUUCGGGUCCAGGCUUUCCGGUGCCAUGAUCGCGUCUUUCAAGCACAACGACAUGGCGGACCUGGAGACCAAACUUCGUGAGGCAAUCUCCCAGGGUCAGCCUCGCACCCAUCGUCCGUGGAAGAAAAUCCUGGUUGUGGUUGAAGGCCUAUAUUCGAUGGAGGGUACCAUGUGCAACCUGCCAGGCCUCGUGAGGCUCAAGAAACGGUACAAGUUCCACCUUUUCAUCGACGAAGCUCACUCGAUUGGUGCACUGGGACCCCGAGGAAGAGGCGUUUGUGAUUAUUUUGGUAUCGAUCCAUCAGAGGUGGACAUACUCAUGGGAACACUUACCAAGUCCUUCGGCGCAAAUGGCGGUUAUGUCAAUGGCGACAAGGCCACCAUUGACAAGUUGCGUGUCACCAAUGCUGGAACAAUCUAUGGCGAAGCACCUUCACCGGCCGUACUGGCUCAGAUCAUUGCUUCCCUCAGACUCAUGAAUGGAGAACUCAUCCCAGGUCAAGGCGAGGAGCGUCUUCAGAGAAUUGCAUUCAACUCACGGUACCUCCGACUUGGUUUGAAACGAUUGGGUUUCAUUAUCUACGGCCAUGAUGAUUCACCUAUCAUUCCACUCCUGCUCUACAAUCCGGCUAAGAUGCCUGCAUUCUCCCAUGAGAUGCUCAAGCGCAAGAUCUCAGUCGUCGUGGUUGGAUAUCCGGCCACGCCGUUGAUCUCGUCUCGCGCUCGAUUCUGCGUCUCGGCGGCUCACAAUAAGGACGAUCUUGAUCGCUUCUUGGCCGCUUGCGACGAGAUCGGGAAUGUCCUCCAGCUCAAAUUUUCCAGCGGGGUUGCCGGCGGUGCUCCUCCUCUGGCAGAAGGUGUUACUUGGGAGUUGGAACAGAGCCGGAAACGAUUGGAAAAGCAUGAUAAGGUUGCCAAAUCUCUAGUUCAUGUCCCUCGAUGGAGCCUGGACGAAGUGAUCAAGCGGGGUGUCCAGGAUGUCAAAGUGCCCCUUCGGUAA